AUUUCUCUACGUUAACGCGCUGUUCUGUUUUCGUGCGCACGUAUUUGAUGAAGCGAAGUUGCGUGCGCGAGUGAUUGAACCAACUGAAGUCCCCGGGUUUUCAGAAUCGCUCAGUGACACUGGCGUUUUCUAAUGAGUGAUUACUUGUGCAUUCAUAACACAGUGCUUCAUGGCGGACAUUCGCUCGAAGGUUCUGCAGUAUGAAACGUUCCUGAACGACGUGCUAAAGGAAGACCUCAGGAAAUGCCUCGAGGAGCGUGAUCGCAUCUGCGCGAAGCUAGCCGAGCUUCUACAACUGCGUACAGUCGUCGAAAGGAUCCAGGAGGUGGCGGCGAACAAGGAGACGUUUCGGACGCAGGUAGAUCUGGGCAGCAACUUCUACGUCCAAGCCGUCGUGCCGGACGUGUCGAAAAUCUUUGUGCAAGUUGGCAUGGGCUUCUUUGUAGAGCUGACACAUGAGGAGACCCUGUGGUUUGUGGGUCGUCGAGAAGCACUGCUUGAGACGGAGCUGCAGCGCGUCUCCAAGGAGUCUGCAAACAUAAAGGCGCACAUCCAGAUGGUGCUGCAGGGGCUGCGUGAACUCCAAGGCCUGCCAGCCGAUCUCGAUCGACCGAAGCAACGAGAUAUAUUCGAGUAGAGUUGUCACGUGUAAAGUGUUGGCCCGCCCAAGUGUGUACAAGUUUACUGUAAAUAAACUCUAAAGAUAUUU